AUGCGUGACAUUUGGGGUAAUCAUAAUGGUACAAAGAUGCAAAUCACAUGUAAUGAAUUUGGACAACCACAUGAUAAAAACGCAAGUAAGCUUACAAAUUUUAUUGGGACAUUAGUACGAGAUGGAAAAAAUGCUCCAAUUAACUACAAAAGUUGGCAUAAGGUACCUGACAAAGAUAGAAUGUGGAAAAUCAUACAGGAAAAAUUUAAUAUUCCUCCUCUGGCAGAAAAUUGGACUAUGCGGUCUUGUGGUAAGGAACUUAAAAAUUGGAAAGCUUAUCUUAAGAGAACUUAUUAUUCGGAAACUUUAUCUUUUGAGGAGCAAAAAAAAUAUAAGGACAAAAGAGUAUAUGCUGGGCAAUGGGAGGAAUUAAUAAAAUAUUGGGCAACAUACGAUGCCAAGAAAGAGAAUGGUGGAAGUACACCAACACGUGCUGCUAUAUUUAACGUCUGCUAUACAAAAAAAGAUAAGAGUGUAACUGAUACAACGAAAGAAGUAAUGGUACAAUUACAAGAGAAACAAGAGUUGAAUGAAGAUGUAUCAAAGGAAAAGGGUAUGAAUGACACUUUCUCUGAAGUAAUGGGUAAAGAAAAAUACGGAUCAGUCCGUAUGUACGGUUUUGGUGUUUGCCCAUCUGACGUAUGGGAAAACAAAUCCACCAAGAAAGGAAACCAAAAGAAGUAUAUACAAACUCUAGAAGCUGAAUUGAAAGAAUUAAGAUCUCAAGUUCAAGCCAACAAGCAAAAUUACAAUGCAAAUGACACAUCUAUUAUACCUGACAUGGCCAAAAAGCCUUGUAUGUCACAUAACAAGAAAUCUCGACGUCAGUUGUGGUUUUCAUCUUCAGCAUAUGAUAUUCCAAUUGUUGAGGUUGGUGAAAUGGUUAAUCUUAAGAGUAUUACUGCUGAUCCUGAAACAAUUGCUAUUGGUCUAGUUGUUAGUAAAGAUUCAUCAAAAGAAGUUGGAGGAAAAGAGCUCAGAGAUCAUUAUUCUGAAGUUGUUGUUCAAGUUUGUAUCAACCCCGACGAGAAAUUAAUUAGACCAUAUGGACAAUGCAAGACAAUUGGUGAAGUUGUUGGAGCAUCUAUUGCAUGGCCAACAACAUUUCUGGUUUCACGAAAAUCUGAUAAAUAA